AUGUUCCCUCGCAGGCAGGACUACAGGAUGAAGAGGAGCGGAGGACCUCGGAGCGCCUCGAUUAUAAACUUCAUGUCAGCGGUGAACUCGGGCUCCGUCCGCCGCAGCUCCGCCGUGCUGCCGUCGCUGCUAACCUUUUUGGUGAUCAUAGCAUCCGGAGGCCUGCUGCUCAUGAUAGAGAAAGGAAUGCUCAACGGCAUGGAGACGCCUUCACCCCGCGGUAACGGCAGGCGGCUCGACUUCAGCCGGCAGGCGGGGGAACGCAGCGCAGACGCCGCAGACGUGGAGUCCCAGAUCCUCCAAGAGAUCCGUAACCGGACCAUCAGAACCGUGUGCAGUCAGAAAAACAUGCCUCACAGCAUCUGGUCACUGAGCCCCCCGCAGAGGAAGACGCUGCUGCAGCACAUCCUCGUGAACGACGAGUAUCGCUUCCUCUACUGCUACGUCCCCAAAGUGGCCUGCUCCAACUGGAAGAAGGUUUUGAAGGUCCUGAGCGGAGCCCUGGAGAACGUGGACGUCAACAUCAAGAUGGACCACCACAGUGGCCUGGUCUUCCUGUCCUCUCUGAAGCCCGAGGAGAUCCGCUACCGCCUCAAGCACUACUUCAAGUUCAUGUUUGUAAGGGAGCCCAUGGAGCGCCUGCUUUCCGCAUACAGGAACAAGUUUGGAGAGAUCCAGUCCUACCAGAAAAAGUACGGCGUGGAGAUCAUUAAGCGCUACAGAAAGGGUCGCGCUAAGGAUGCGGCUGUGACAGGAGACGAUGUGACUUUCGCAGAGUUUGUCCGUUACUUGCUAGACGAGGACGUGGAGCACAUGAACGAGCACUGGAUGCCCGUGUAUAACUUAUGCCAACCUUGUGCCGUUUCCUAUGAUUUCAUUGGCUCCCACGAGCGCCUGGAAAGCGACGCCGAGUUUGUGCUCCAGCGUGUUGGAGUGCCUCCUCAUGUUCACUUCCCAGAGAGGCAAACGUGGUACAAGCCGGUCACCACAGAAACAUUACACUACUAUUUGUGCAGCUUACCACAGAAGCUACUGAGAGAACUUCUGCCCAAGUAUAUUUUAGACUUUUCUCUAUUUACAUACCCUCUCCCCAACACAACCACUGAACACUGUCGGCAUUAAACGUGCAAUGCUUUAUAGUUUUAAGAUUAUUUUUUAUAGAGAAUCAUUUGUACUAUUUUUAGGGAGCAAAUAGUAUUUUAAGAGCUGUUACACAGGUUUACUUGAUGCCUGCAUAUCUUUUUAAAAUGAUGAUUACUGGAAGACUUCACUCGACUUCAAAACCACUAAAGCUUGAAAUCAGAUGCAAAGGAAAAGGUCACCAAACCAUACAGUAUAUCGACUGUUACAGUAAAUAAACCAGCUCAGUACACAAUCAUGGAAAUGUUAACAUGGUUGAAAGACCAAACUCUGUGUUUUGUUUCUCUAUGCACUGUAGACUUUAGAAAGAAAAAAAAAAGGUAGUUCAAUGGUUUUAGUGGGCAUUCAGUGGUUUAGCAGGCUAAAACACAAACACCAUGUUCGGGGAUGGUUGAGGGUUUCGAAUCAAGCUUAUUUAAUGCUCAG